GUCGCCGUAAGCGGACAAUUGUUGCAGACGGGAGGAUCUGUAUCCAUUUCCAUUGACCAUCGAAAACGUGUGUAACAACGCAAUACUGUCCCUACCAUCUAUCCAAACAACAAACAUGGCCGAGUCCAAGCUAUUCUUGCAUAACCAUCCCGGGUCCUCGUACGCGCAAAAGGUACGACUGGCUCUCCGAGAGAAAGGGAUUCCAUUCGACAUGGAAGUCCCCGAAGGUCUGGGCUCCGGCAAACCUAUCCCCAAAUUGGCGGAGUCGAAUCCGAGGCUGGAAGUGCCAGCUCUCGUGGAUGGUGACUUCAAGAUCUUCGACUCGAAGGUUAUCCUCGCGUAUCUUGAGGAGAAAUAUCCAGAGAAGCCGUUGUUGCCCAAAGAUCCCAAGGCUCGUGCUACCGCGAGGAUGAUUGAGGAAGUGUGCGAUACGCAGUACGAAGCCAUCAACUGGGGCAUCUUGGAGAUCACAGGAGCCGAACGUGCCACGGGAGUCCUGGCGGAGAACAUGUUGUCUGCGGCCAAGAAGCAAGUUGGAAUCAUCCACGAAUGGCUUAUUGUCCGUCUCGGCGACAAAGAGUACUUCAACGGAGACACCUUCGGAUAUGCGGACAUCGCUGUAGUUCCGUAUGUCAACCGGACCUUUCUCUACGACAUGCUGGAUGUAGACAGCCCUAUUGGCAAAUGGAGGGCUCGAGUCAUGCAGCGUCCAAGCGUGAAGCAGACGUUUGAGGAACUGGAGACUGCAACGAACAAGAUGAAGGACACAUUCAAGGACUGGUUCAAGCCUGGCACUGGCCUUCGACGCGAGUAUCGUGAUCACCGCUUGGAAUGGAUGAUUAAGUCCGGUGGACUCGACAUUGUGACGCAAGGUCUGAGGGACAAGAACAUUCGAUUCUCAUGGCCUGAAGGGAUCUAAAAGCAAAGUUUAUCUAGGCAUAGUACAGUGCUGA